UCCGUUUGAUUGGAAUCCGCGUCGUUCAGCUGGAGCCGCAGACAAUAGUGGAGCCGCCUCGGAGCUGGAGACACGCGCACAGUGUACACAGCAUAGCAGCAACAUAGCGGGCGGCUUGCCCAGCUGUCCCACCUCCUCCUCCUCCUCACUCACCCCUCCUCCCACCUCUACUCUUAACCCCCGCCACCCACACACCGCGCUGGUGGGGUGGAGCAGCCUUCAGGGCUGCUGCUGCUGCUUGUUUUGCCUCUGCUGCUUUGCUGCUGCUGCUCUUCUUCUUGAGCGUACGCCUUUUGUCUUUCGUGGUGGCCGGCGGCUGCUUGUGCUUGGGUCGGCCUCUCUGCCCGACAAGAUUAGUGGCGUUUGAAAGAAGAGAGAGAGAGGGGGGAAAGGGGGGGGGGUAGGCAGGACAUUUAGGUCCAGUUUGGGUGGUGGUGCUUUAGACGAGGAGUCACGGGCGGAGGUGAUGAUGGCGAGCGCCCUGGCGUGGUUCUGGAACGAGCGCUUCUGGCUGCCUCACAAUGUGACAUGGGCCGACAUGAGGAAUCCCGACGGUGUGACUUUCCCUCAAGCCGAGGACCUCUACAUGGCCUUCCCGCUAGCGCUGGGCAUCUUCGUGGUGCGCAUCAUCUUUGAGAGGUGCAUUGCAAGGCCCUGUGCAAACGCUCUAAAGAUCCAGGCGGCUGGGCCCCGGAAGGCUCAGAGCAAUGCAAUUCUGGAGAAAGUCUUCACGUCCAUUACGAAGAACCCAGGGGACAAGCACUUGGACGGCCUGGCCAAACAGUUGGACUGGGACGUGCGGACCAUCCAGCGCUGGUUCCGCCGUCGGCGCAACCAGGAGAAGCCUAGUCCUCUCGCCAAGUUCUGUGAGAGCAUGUGGCGUUUCAUGUUCUACCUCUACGUAUUUGUGUACGGACUGAGGUUAUUAUCACAGAGCAAUUGGGUGUGGGACAGUCGACAGUGUUGGUACAACCACCCCUAUCAGCCACUACCUUCAGAUAUACAGUACUACUACAUUGUGGAGUUGGCUUUCUACUGGUCGCUCAUGUUCUCGCAGUUUACAGACAUCAAGAGGAAGGACUUCUUCAUGAUGUUCAUGCAUCACCUCAUCACCGUGAGUCUCAUCUCCUUCUCGUACAUUGUCAACAUGGUGCGCAUGGGCUCGGUGAUCCUGUGCAUGCACGACGCUGCCGACUUCCUCCUCGAGGCAGCCAAGAUGGCAAACUACGCACGAUACCAAAAGCUCUGCGACCUUCUUUUCAUUUUAUUUGCCCUGGUCUUCUUUGUGACAAGGCUGGGCUUGUUCCCAUUUUGGCCUGUGCGGAGCACGAUGUUUGAAAGCUGGGAAAUUGUGGGGCCGUAUCCAUCCUGGUGGGUGUUUGUGGGGCUAUUGGUUUUACUGCAGUGUUUACACGUAAUCUGGUCGUACCUCAUACUUCGCAUCGCCUGCAAGCUCCUGCGUAAGGGCAAGUCUGGGAGAUGGGACUCGCUGCAUGUGUCCAAGGACGACCGCAGCGACAUCGAGAGCAGCUCGGAUGACGACGAGCGCACGGGCGACCGGGCCAAAGGCACGGCGCGCGGGACGGGCAACGGCGCGGGCAACGGCGCGGGGAGCGCCAACGGCACCAACGGCCACCUGCUCGCGGGAGCGACCGCGCGAGCCUGCGAGCACUGAGACGCCGCCGGCGCGGGCAGCGGCCUCGCAUGGUCCCGGACUGGGGCUCCACACAACCGCCUGACAACCAAACCAGCUGUCCCUCCUCCACUCCAUUACGGUCCUGCACCCCCCCCACCUCCCCUCUCUUCGGUCCUGCUCUCAAUGCCCUCUGCUCAGGCCCACGGUGCAAGUGGUUCACGUCCUCUUCCUCCUCCUCCCUCCUCAUCCUUAUCCUCUUUGUGCCACGCUUUAUUAAAGGUGGCACCCAGUGUUUAUUUUUAAAUGAAGAAAAAUUAGCAGUGUACCAGUGUUUGUGUGUAUGCCUGAGACUUCCCCCCACAUCCCCCCCUCCCUCAUUUGCAUUUGCCCUGCUCUCUCUUCUCGCCCUACUGUUGCCGGCUAUUCAUAUGUUGCUUGCAUAGCACUGCUGUGGUAUGUCGUGGGAGUUUCCGUCAGGUGUAGGUUAUUUGUGUUUUUUUUUUUGCAGUAGAUGCAUUCCGCCCGAGCUGGUUUACUCUUGUAAUUAUCCGAGUGCUCGUUGCAAAAUGCAUGAAGUGGCUAUAUCACAGGUGUGUAGUUGGGCAAUGAAAUAUUGAGUUUAAAGGUGGCAGGAAGUGUGAUUCAUGUGAUGGAUUUUUUUUUUUAAAUGCAACGUAAAAACAAGCAGGUUUUGCCUUGACUAUUGUUUUUUAAGGCAUCAAUUCCGGACACAUAAAUUAAUUGUCAACAUAUGAAUGCCUAAUUCAAUCACCUACGUAGUGUGUACGAAAUGAACAUAAAUAGUGUGAUUAUUUAUUAGCAAUAAAUCAAACUUUAUACACACUGGGUUUCAGAGAGGUAUUUUGCUGUACACUGGCCAUAUUUUGUCAGAAGGAGAAGCAUUCCAUCUUGCAAGAUAGUAUGUUAAGAAUGUUUUUAAAAGUAUUUAUUGCUGAUAAGACUUAAGAGAAGGCAUUGUAUUCUAGAUCUGGAUGUCUGAAAAUGACAAAUCUAAUCGUGAAUAAGCUAUACAAUGGAAUGUAACAUGAGUUAAAUAGAGAUACAAAGUUGUAUUUGCUGAUCUUUGACGUUUACAAAUGUUACAUUGGACAUCAUGUAAAGCAGGGAUGCACAACUUAAAGUAUUGCACGCAGGGCUUUAAUUUUAGCAGGGUCUGGGCUGGCAACCUGAAAAGUAUAUCCACACGUGGCACACCACAUUUAAGUAUACCUCUCACUAGGGAUGUGGCGACCAGCCACGUGCCACCUUAAGUCUACCAGCGACCCGGAAAUUAUUCCGUCGGAAAUUGAAGCCCUGGCCUCGUGGGGGAGACCGCAUGUUGUGCGCCCCUGGUGUGAUAGCGUAAGCAGUUUCGAGAACCCGUUGCAAAUUUCUGCUUAGCGACAAAGCAACGCCCAGUCAUGCCGUGGUUAUCCGGCUUCUGCCACGGUUGUAAUUUCUUGACUUGCACAAUGUUGGCAUUACGCCGAAAAUCGCAAAAACGGUGCAUAAUUUCAUAGCCGCUCAAGCGCUGUGCAUUGGUUUCCAGUGAAUUUAUUACAGUGGCUUUAAAAGCCUUAAUUGCUGCGGUUUUAGGCUCGGCCUGUCAACUAAACGCUGAACAACGCUCAAAGUGAGUGAGCGAGAUUAAACUAUUUUAAUAAAAAUUCCACAAACAGCUGUGGAUAUGUUUCUCCCCCGUCAAUUAUUAUGCACAGCAGUUGACCUUUUUGCUCGUACGGUAGAUGGAAUUUUCAUCCUUUGGGCUGUUGAAAACAGUCGUGUAUUGAAAAAAAGUUGGCUGUAAAACGAUACGUUUGUAUUAACAUAAGUGUAUGGAGCAUAACGUUUUACACAACAUAUGCUUAAUUUGAAUAACAUUUGAUGGAACCCAGCCUGCACAACGUGAUAACAUUGAUAACAAACGUUUCCUGUGGGCAUGGUGUUGCCUGUGUUGCCAUUUCCAUUAAGCAGAAAGUCACCAAAACAACCCCCUAAAAUCCCGAGAUCGAUUUCUCAAGUCAAAAACAAAAAAACACACUUUACCAAGUAUUAAGCAUCGUAAACUGAUACAGGAUCUUUAAUACAGACCUGGAAUCACUGCUAAACCCGCUUAGUAUCCUCAUUCCAAAAAGUCCCCAGUUUUGUCGCUAUCGUUGCCUUGACAAUUGUCUUGCUAGGGAAACCAAAAAAAAUCAGCUGAAUCUAGCCACAAUCGCGAAGUUGGUAACAAUGGGUAUUGCGACACGUCCACCUGCUAACAUCUAAAUCCCUGCGCCGAGGUGACAGGUAACAGAAGGCAGGUGAGUGAUGAAACACUUUCGAAAUGCCUCUUGAGUAUGGAAGCCGUUGUUUUGUGCAGCUGCAGUUGCCCUCGUGCUGCUUUAGCGUCGCCUGUUGCACGCAGAGUUUGAGACGUAGAGCGAAACCACUCAAGAGAAGCCCAUUCUGUUGGGUGUGCGUUUUUUCAUGGUGCACAUGUAUCAUUUGCUCAUUUGCUCAUUCUAGGAACCCGACAUCCCAUUUGUGUCUACCCCAUUGCCCAGCCCCCCCCUCCCCCCCCCCCUUGUGCUUUACGAUGCAUCUGCAGAACGAUAAUGCAAUUCCACGGGGGAAGCGUUCGUACCUCGCGACGAUUGCUGUUCUAGUGUGUCGGGAGUUAUUACUGUAAUAAAAAAGGGUACGGCUGUAAAGAGCGAUUGUGCGACGCGGACAGACUUAUCUCGCCCAGUGGCGAGGGACACGGUUGGAGCGGGAAGUUCGGCUUUAUUUUGCGCACAAUCAAAUGGAUCAAUUUAAUCGGUGUAUGUUGUUGAUAUUAUUAAAGAACUUUUGUUUCAGG